CCUUCCUUCCCACACAGUGGCUCAAGCUGCAGCCUCGCAGCAGGUCUGGAGUCUCUCGGUUUGACGGACAUCAGGACUCUGGUCAGACUGAUGUGCCUGGCAGCAGCGGGCCGAGCUGGUCUUUCCACUAGUCCUACAGCAGGCUCCGGUCAUGCUGAAAGGCCCCGCGGGGCCGCCAAGGCGAGCAAACCCAUCUCCUGUCUGGCUUACCUCAGCACAGCAGUGGGCUGCCUGGCCUCCAACAGUCCCAACGCUGCCAAGCUGCUGGUGCAACUCUGCACUCAGAAUCUGAUUUCGGCAGCUACAGGCAUGAACCUGACCACCGUGGACGACCCCAUCCAGAGGAAGUUCCUGCCCAGCUUUCUGCGUGGUGUGGCUGAGGAGAACAAGCUCAUCACCUCUCCCAACUUUGUGGUCACACAGGCUCUGGUAGCCCUGUUGGCAGAUAAAGGGGCCAGACUCAGACCUGCUUAUGACAAGACUGAUAUGGAGAAAAGAGGCCCUCUGGAACUAGCCAACGCGCUGGCAGCGUGCUGCCUGUCCUCAAGGCUUUCCUCACAGCACCGUCAGUGGGCUGCACAGCAGCUGGUGCGCACACUGGCCGCCCAUGACCGCGACAACAACCAGAGUCGCCCGCAGACCUUUGCCGACAUGGCGGGGGACCUGCGAAAGUGCUCCUUCAUCAAGCUAGAGGCUCACCAGAGCAGGGUCAUCACAUGUGGUUGGUGCAGUAAGAAAGGCCUGUUGGCCACCAGUGGCAAUGAUGGGACAGUCAGGGUUUGGAAUGUAACCAAGAGCCAGUACACCCUCCAGCAGACCUGCAUCUUCAAUAAAGAUGAUGGUUCUUCAGAGGAGGGUAUGUCAGGUUUGGGAUCUCCCAGUGAUCCUUGCUUGUCUCCUCUGGCCUGGAGUGUCACUGGAAAGUAUCUGGCCUCUGCCAUGGAGAAAAUGGUCAACAUCUGGCAAGUUAAUGGUGGUAAGGGCCUUUUGGACGUACAGCCUCACUGGGUGUCAGCCCUGGCCUGGCCUGAAGAGGAAGCAGAGUCCUUAUGGUGCGGGGAACCCAAGGACAUGCUGCUGGUGGGACGGAUGGACGGAUCCCUGGGCCUCAUUGAGGUGCUGGACACUGCCACUAUGCACCGCACCGAGUUGGAGCACUGCUACAGGAAAGAUGUGGCAGUGAUGCACAUUGCCUGGUACAGCGAAGACAAGCCUUUUGCUGUAGGCUAUGCAGAUGGCAAGCUGCUGAUUGGAUCCAAAGAGCCCUUAGAGAAGGGAGCCAUCGUGGUUAUCGAUGCACACAAGGAGUCGAUCACCAGUAUGAAGUGGAGUCCUACUGGUCAGAUCUUGCUCACCUGUGCCAAAGAGGAGACGGUGAAGCUGUGGGCGAGCCAUGACUCUCACUCUGACUCAGGCUCUGGUUCUGGCUGGUGCUGCCUGCAGAGUCUUAGACACCCUUCCAUGGUCAACGGUGUGGCCUGGUGCAGCCUGCCUGGUCGUGGACCUAAGCCCCUCAGCAUGUUAGCCAUAUGCUGUCAGAAUGGCCUGGUCUCUGUCUGGACUGUUCCCCAGGACAUCUCCAACUUCCCAGAAUCUUGUUCAUCUGACUCAGAGGGGUGGUGGGAGAAUGAAGCAAAGCCUAAAUUCAUGUCUGUCCGGUGGUCAGAAGAUGGAGCAACGUGUGUGUUCCAGCUGAAGGGCCACAUCACCCCAGUCAGAACACUGGCCUUCAGCCCUGAUGGUCUGGCCCUGGCAUCUGGAGGAGUGGGAGGCCUCAUGAACAUCUGGUCCCUGCGGGAUGGGUCAGUGCUCCAGACGGUCGUAGCUGGUUCAGGGGCGAUCCAGAACAUUGUCUGGAUCCCAGAUGUGGGUGUCGCUGUCUGUUCCAACAGGUCAAAGGAUGUGCUGGUUGUCAACUGCUCCAAAGAAUUCAUGGCAUCCAACCAUGUGCUGGCCACUUGCCGCACGGCUCUGAAGAAACAGGGUGUAGUCGGCCUCAACAUGGCACCCUGCAUGAGAGCCUUCUUGGAGAGAUUGCCUGUCAUGCUGCAGGAGCAGUACGCCUACGAGAAGCCCCACGUUGUGUGUGGGGAACAACUCGUCCACAGUCCCUACAUGCAGUGCCUUGCCUCCCUGGCAGUGGGUCUCCACCUGGACCAGCUCCUGUGUCGCCCCCCUGUGCCGCCUCACCUCCGACACUGCCCACCAGAGUCUGGCACCGCCAUCUGGAGCACCAGCGAGUGGGCGUGGUUGGACUGCUUCUCUACAACUGUCAAGGCGGCGGAGGCCCUUGCUCGAGGUGCCACCUUCCCUGAGUCCUUCUCUGUUCCUGAUCUGGAGCCUGUGCCCAAAGAUGAAAUGGCUCUGCUCAUGGACAACAGUAAAUGGGCGUCUGGUUUGGAUGAACAGAUCAUGUCCUGGGCCACAUCAAGACCAGAGGACUGGCACCUUGGAGGGAAGUGCGAUGUGUAUCUGUGGGGUGCAGGGCGACAUGGCCAGUUAGCAGAGGCUGGCAGAAACAUCCUGGUGCCGACCACUGCUCCAUCUUUCUCUCAGGCACAACAGGUGGUGUGUGGUCAGAACUGCACCUUUGUGAUCCAGCCUAACGGGACAGUGUUGGCCUGUGGAGAGGGCAGUUACGGCCGACUGGGACAAGGCAACUCCGACGACCUGCACGUGCUUACUGUGAUCUCAGCUCUUCAAGGUUUUGUGGUGACUCAGCUGGUGACUUCGUGCGGCAGUGACGGUCACUCUAUGGCUCUGACGGAGAGCGGCGAGGUGUUCAGCUGGGGAGACGGGGACUACGGUAAGCUGGGCCACGGGAACAGUGACCGCCAGCGCCGACCCAGACAGAUUGAAGCUCUACAAGGAGAGGAGGUGGUGCAGAUGUCCUGUGGAUUCAAACAUUCAGCAGUGGUAACAGCUGAUGGGAAGCUUUUCACCUUUGGUAAUGGUGAUUAUGGCAGACUGGGGCUGGGAAACACCUCAAACAAGAAGCUGCCAGAGAAAGUCACCGCUCUGGAGGGUUACCAAGUCGGACAGGUGGCUUGUGGUCUGAACCACACUUUGGUUGUCUCUGCUGAUGGAAUGAUGGUUUGGGCUUUUGGUGAUGGAGACUACGGAAAACUGGGACUUGGAAAUUCUACAGCCAAGUCCUCCCCUCAGAAAGUGGAUGUGCUCUGUGGGAUCGCCAUCAAAAAAGUGGCGUGUGGAACACAGUUCUCUGUGGCUUUAACCAAAGAUGGCAAAGUUUUCACCUUUGGCCAAGACCGGCUAAUUGGCUUGCCAGAGGGCCGAGCCAGGAACCACAACCGGCCUCAGCAGGUGCCAGCUCUGUCAGGGAUCCACAUCCAGGAUAUUGCAGUUGGAGCCGAGCACAGCCUGGUGCUCUCCUCCACAGGAGACGUUUACACCUGGGGCAGCAACUCGGAGGGACAGGUAACCUGCUGACACACUCAGUGAAUCCCUGCUGAGAGGCUGACGCUCUUUGUUCAGUA